AUGGUGCAGGGGUCCAUGGGAAACUGUGCCAAGCGCCCCCGGCACCGGGGGCUUAAGGACCCCUGGCAGUGGCCCAGAUCCCCCCCAGGGGGCUCCCUCCGCAGCACCAGCCCCCGCCCCGAGGCGCAGGGGGACCCAGGGCCGGGGCUCCAGGGCUACGCGGUGCUCGGCAGCCUGGUGGGCCCGGCCUGCAUCUUUCUGCGGCCCAGCCUCGCCGCCACCCAGCUUGACCGGGAGCUGCGGCCAGAGGAGAUUGAAGAGCUGCAGGCCGCCUUCCAGGAGUUUGACCGCGACCGGGAUGGCUACAUCGGCUACCGGGAGCUGGGCGCCUGCAUGCGGACGCUGGGCUACAUGCCCACCGAGAUGGAGCUCAUCGAGAUCUCCCAGCAAAUCAGCGGCGGGAAGGUGGACUUUGAAGACUUCGUGGAGCUGAUGGGCCCCAAGCUGCUGGCAGAGACCGCGGACAUGAUCGGGGUGCGGGAGCUGCGGGACGCCUUCCGGGAGUUCGACAGCAACGGGGACGGCUGCAUCAGCGUGGGCGAGCUCCGCGCCGCCCUCAAAGCCCUGCUGGGGGCGCGUCUGAGCCGGCGCGAGGUGGACGAGAUCCUCCAGGACAUCGACCUCAACGGGGACGGCCGGGUGGACUUCGAAGAGUUUGUGCGAAUGAUGUCUCGUUGAGCCUGGAGAGGAGCUGGCAGCAGCAGACAGGAUCCAAGGACCACUGCUACCGACCAGCACUGCCUCUCCUUCCCGCCCC